UUUAUCUUCUUCCCACCACUUUGCUUUUCAGUAUUACCAUCAGACUGUGAUCAGGGUUACGCGGGGAGGUGUUCAAAAUUAAAUAUUACAUGGCAUCUCCCCAGAGACCCUAACACUGGAGUGGCACAAGCCUUGGCUCUCCCAAGCCGAGAAGCUUGUGGCAUCAGCUCCGGGGAAAGCCGUUUCAGAGCAGAUGCUCCAUACUUUGUGGGAUCUAGGAUUGCUGCUCAGCUGUCCUUGCAGCAGCGGCCCGAGUGCAGAGCCCAGAGCUGCGGCGGUGCAAGUCAGGGCUGGACAAGCCUUUAGGAAGUUUCUUCCGCUUCUUGACAGAGUACUGGUUGAAAGGAGUGUCGCCGAAACUGUAACCAAAGGUGGCUUUAUGCUUCCAGAAAAGUCUCAAGGAAAAGUCUUGCAAGGAACGGUCCCGGCUGUGGGGUCAGGCGGGAAAGGAAAGGGUGGAGAGGCUCAGCCUGUCAGUGUGAAAGCUGGAGAGAAGGUUCUUCUCCCAGAAUACGGAGGCUCCAAAGCAGUUCUAGAUGACAAGGAUUAUUUCUUAUUUAGAGAUAGUGACAUUCUUGGAAAGUAUGUCAACUGAAAUCACUGUUGAAAUGGUAUCGCAUGAAGCUGCCUAUUCCCCUGACAAUCUGAACUAGUACAUCCUAUAAAUAAUUCCCAUGCCUCCCUUUUAUAAUAAACAGAGGAUGCCUAAACUGACAAAAAAAAAAAAAAA